AUGGAUAAAUAUAUUGACACAUUAGUAAAUAAAGAUAAUAAAAUGGAUAAAAAAGUAAAUUUGGAUAAAUUUAUGGAUAAAAAUAUGAAGAAAGAAUUUCAAUUUAAAUUAACUGAAUGUAAAUAUUUAGAACCAAAUCAUUCAAAUGAUUUACCAAAUUCACAAAAUUUACAUAAAUUCACUGAAAAUUCACAAAAUUCAAUUAAUUUACAUAAAUUUACUGGAGAUUUACAAAAUUCUAAUGAAUUAAUACAAAAUUCAACCAAUUCAACCAAUUCCACAAAUUCAAAUUAUUCAAAUAUAUCAAAUUAUUCAACAAACUCAAAUUAUUCCACAAAUUCAAAUAAAUUAACAAAAUUAGAAAACUCAGCAAAUUUAGCAAAUUCCACAAAUUUAGCAAAUUUUGAUAAUUUUGAUAGAAAUUUGAAUAAUUUGAAUGAAAUUGAAAUUGAUAAUGAUAUAAAAUAUUCACAUUUAAAAUUUCUUAAAUCACACAUAUUCAAAUCUCAACAAUACAAUACCAAUACCAACACUAGUACCAACAACAGUAUGGGCUUUAGUAAUAGUAACACCAACACCAAUAGUAAUACCAAUGUAAGUCAGGGUUUAAAUAGUAAUGUAAUUGUGAGAUUAAAUGAGAUAAAAAAUGGUUUGAUGAAUUUUGGUAAAAAUAAUUUAACAAAAGAUAAAAAAGAUAUUAAAAUCACUUCACUUAAAGAAUUAUAUCAUACAAAUAAUACAAAUAAUAAAUUAAAUAAUAAAUUUGUCAAUGCUGAAAAUUAUGUAAAUUCCGUGAAAAUUGCCAAUUUGGAGAAAAAUGUAAAUUCGGAGAGAAAUGUAAAUUCAGAGAAAUUUGUAAAAUUAAAGAAUAUAAAUUAUGAAAAUUAUCAUUUAUAUUCUCAAUAUAAUACUUCCACCAGAGGUAAUGUACCUCUUAGUACCACCAGAGGUAAUGUACCCCCUGGUACCACCAGGGCAAAUGUGCCUCAAAAUACCUAUAGACCAAAUGUACUUACUAAUACUAAUAGAGGAAAUGUACUUCAUAGCCCUAAAAUUCCUAAUACAAAAGCCCAAAUACUGAAUACCAAUUCCAAAACACUUAAUACAAGACUCCAAAUCCCUAAUACCAACCACCAAAUCCCAAAUCCCAAAUCCACUAUCACUAAUCCUAAACCCUCAUAUAACCCCGUUACUAUCCCUAACCACAAACCCCUUCACAAUCACAAAUCACAUCCCAACUCCAAACCCCCUAACCCUAAAUUACUUGACAAAUUGUCUAUUAAUGUGAAAUAUUGGUAUAAACCAUUUUCAAUGAAUAGAUUAGAAGAUUUGAAUAUUUUCCAGGGCUUACAAGUGCUCGAAUGUUUGGUUGGUGAUGUCCAGAAGUCUUGGCAUUUGGAGGCUAUAAAAUACUUGGAUCGUUCAAACUAUUCAAGACUUAAAAUGACAAUGUUACGUCUUAGUAAUAGUGUAUAUAAUUUACAUCCAAGUCGUUUAUUAAUAAGUUGUAGAGGGAGUUGGGAGAUUAUUCAAGAAGGUAGUUUCGGCUCAGUUUAUUAUGGAUUUAUUGAAGGUUGUGGUCCAUCUGCUAUUAAAAUACCGAAUCCUCAAAUGUUAAUUCAAGAUCCCAUCGGUAUCAUGAAACGUUUUAUUAAUGAAUGGGAUAUUCUUUCACGUUGUUCACAUCAAUUUAUUAUUAAUAUUUAUGGUGCCAUUAUACUUGGUUUAUAUGAUAUUUGGAUUUGUACUGAACUUAUUCAUGGUGUUGAUUUACAUACUAAAAAAUAUUCUAAUCCAUCUCAACACAAUAUUAUAUACUCGAAUUUACAGAAUUCAGUAGUCAAUAGUAUAGGUAGUUUGGGUAAUCCAGUAGUCAGUGGUAUGGGUAGUGCAAUGGGUAAUUUACAGAAUUCAGUAGGUAGUUUGGGUAAUCCCGUAGGUAGCUCAACAUUUAGUACUAUGGGUAAUUUACCUAAUCCCACACUUAGUAGUAUGAAUAAUAGUAUGAAUAUACCAAUGGAAUAUGGAUUAAAGAUGUGUCGUCAAUUAUCAGAAGUAAUAUUAUAUUUACAUACACCAACAGAUACGAAAGGUAUAAUAAUUCAUAGAGAUAUAAAGCCGGAGAAUAUUAUUAUAGAUUCCAAUUGGAAUAUUAAACUUUGUGAUUUCGGUGAUGCUUUUGAAUCCAAUUCUGGUAAUAUCAAUUCCAUUACCGGUGCUACUUGGUUAUAUGCACCUCCUGAAUUAUUAUUACAUCCCAUUAUUCUUAAUACUACCAAUUACAGUGGAGUUAAUAGUACCAAUUACAGUGGAGUGAAUACACUGAAUACUACCAACUACAAUACACUUAAUACUACCAACUACGGUGUUAUGAAUAUGAAUAGUAUAUUAAGUGAGAAAUGGGAUAUAUGGUCUGCAGGUUGUGUAUUUCAAGAGAUGUUUGGAUUUCCAGGACCAUUUCAUCAUCUUGUGGAUAUGAAUGAUUCUUCGAGUGUUGUUUGCGAAAAGAUGGUUAAAGCUGCGAUUAAAGGUUUAGUUCCAAAUAUUCCAAACACUUUAGCAAAGACUAAAAUGGGUUCACUUAUUCUACAUUGUCUUGAUCCGAAUCCUAAUAAUCGACCCACAGCCAAAGAAAUUUAUCAAUUUCUACAAUCAAAAGAUUUAUUAUAA